CCAUUCUAAUACCAACGUCACCAUGAACACCUUAGCCGUCUUCGUCUGCCUCGCCGCCGUCGCCGCGGCCUCCCCGCAGUUCAGGAAUCAGCCCCGACAGACCUUCCAGGACGAGCGUCAGGUGGCCAUCUUGAGGGACGACCGCCAGGAUUCUGGCGACGGCAACUUCAACUACAACUUCGAGGCCGAAAAUGGAAUCAGCGUCUCUGCCUCAGGAACCCCAGGCUCCAAAGGCCAGAGCAACAUCCAGGGAAGCUACAGAUUCACCCUUCCCGACGGAACCAUCGCCGAAGUGAGAUACAUCGCUGACGAGGCUGGGUUCCGUGCCGAGUCCCCCCUCAUCCCCACCCCCCACCCCCUCCCCGCCCACGCCAUCGAGCAGAUCCGCUUCGCCGAGGGGCAGAGUCGCCGCCUAGGUUAAGUGUGGUUAAUGGUGAUUCUCGAAGGAAAUUUAGCCACAAAACCUGAAGACACGAACGAUGACACCACCAGUGCCCUCGACCAACCUUUCUGAACGAGCUAGCUUAUGUUAAUAAAGCAGAAAGUCAU